AGCAAGAAGAAAACCGAGAGCAGCGGCGGGCAGCGAAAAAAAGGCACAAGUGUGUGUUUGUAAUAAAAGAAGAAAAGUGUGUGCGACGCUGCGAUUCCGAGGUUGUAUGUGGCAUCAAGAUGUGGUGUAAUAGUCAUUAGUACCGACAACGAAAGCUUAUGUGCGUGCUUGUGCGCGUGUGUAUGUGUUGAACGCGAUAGAGAAACGCGUACACACACACAGAGAGGCGUGCGCUCUUUGUAAUCAGUUUGCCGGCACUACGCGCCCUUAGUGGCCAGACACAACACCCAGCAGUAAGCGGAAGAUAAGCGAAUCGGUCCCACAGCGCACGCACCUUCACCGGUCUCUUCGUAGGUCGGUGUGGCGUUAGUUGUUGCUCUCUACCGCAGACAGAACCUACGGGUGCCGUUCGGGGGCACGGUGUUGUGCCUGGGCGGCGAUGGGUGCCCAGCAGGUGAAGGAACGGCCGACCGGAACUACCUCUACCCUAGGAGCCGGCAGCUCGAUCCGGUCCAGCCGAAACAAACCCCGCUCGUCUAAGGAUGCAAGGACGCUCGGUUCAAACAUCUUCACCGAACAUAGCGAGGCACUGCUUCAAUCACGCCCAUUACCGCACAUACCACCACCGGGCAGUUUGCUGCCGACCGACCUGCUCGGUCAGAAUCAGGAUGGGUUGGAAAAUCACACCGGUACCAUGCACUCGCAGGGCAGUUCGAACACCGCCCAGUCCAGCUUCGAGACGGCGCACCGAUGGACGUCGAAGGAGAACCUGUUGGCACCCGGACCGGAGGAGGACGAUCCACAGUUGUUUGUCGCGCUGUACGACUUCAAGGCGGGCGGUGAAAACCAACUGAGCCUGCGGAAGGGUGAACAGGUGCGGAUUCUUUCGUACAACAAGUCGGGCGAAUGGUGCGAGGCCCACUCCGAUUCCGGACAUGUCGGCUGGGUACCGUCGAACUAUGUGACCCCGUUAAACUCGCUGGAAAAACACUCCUGGUACCACGGGCCAAUAUCGCGCAACGCGGCCGAGUAUUUGCUUAGCUCGGGCAUUAACGGUAGCUUUCUGGUGCGCGAAAGCGAAAGUUCGCCCGGGCAGCGUAGCAUCAGCUUGCGGUAUGAUGGGCGCGUCUACCACUACAGAAUAUCGGAGGACUCGGACGGCAAGGUGUACGUGACGGCCGAUGCCAAGUUUAACACGUUGGCGGAACUGGUACACCAUCACAGUGCGCUGCACGAAGGGCACGGUUUAAUUACGCCGCUGCUGUACCCGGCACCGAAGCAGAACAAACCGACCGUGUUCCCGCUCAGCCCCGAACCGGAUGAGUGGGAGAUCUGCAGGACGGACAUCGUGAUGAAGCACAAGCUCGGCGGUGGACAGUACGGCGAGGUGUACGAGGCUGUGUGGAAGCGGUACGGCAAUACGGUGGCCGUUAAAACGCUCAAGGAGGAUACGAUGGCGUUAAAAGAUUUCCUGGAAGAGGCUGCCAUCAUGAAGGAAAUGAAACAUCCAAAUUUGGUGCAACUGAUAGGUGUUUGCACGCGCGAACCACCAUUUUACAUCAUCACCGAAUUUAUGAGCCACGGAAAUUUGCUAGAUUUUCUACGCACCGCCGGUCGGGAAACGUUAGAUGCCGUGGCAUUAUUAUAUAUGGCUACACAAAUCGCUUCGGGCAUGAGCUAUCUCGAAAGCCGCAACUUUAUCCAUCGUGAUUUGGCGGCACGCAACUGCCUGGUUGGCGAUAACAAUCUCGUAAAGGUGGCAGAUUUCGGGCUGGCCCGCCUAAUGCGUGACGAUACGUACACGGCACAUGCCGGUGCCAAAUUUCCCAUCAAAUGGACGGCGCCCGAGGGUUUGGCGUACAAUAAGUUCAGCACCAAAUCGGACGUAUGGGCGUUCGGAGUGUUGCUGUGGGAAAUUGCAACGUACGGCAUGUCACCGUACCCGGGCAUCGAUCUGACGGACGUUUUCCACAAGCUCGAGUCAGGCUACCGGAUGGAGCGGCCACCCGGAUGUCCACCGGAGGUGUACGAUUUGAUGCGGAAGUGCUGGCAGUGGAAUGCUCAAGAUCGUCCAACGUUCAAAAGCAUCCAUCACGAUCUGGAGCACAUGUUUCAGGAAUCGUCCAUUACCGAAGCGGUCGAGAAGCAGCUGCAAGGAGUCGGCGUGAUACCGAUGCAGCUAACACCGCAGAUGAGCAAGAAGCCACACAUGGGUAUGCAGCAGCAGCAGCAACAGCAGCUACAGCAGCAGCAGCAACAGCAGCAAAUGCUACCGCCGCCGCCACAGCAAUCGCAACAGCAGCAGCAGGCACAACAUGAACCUGCUAUAACACCCAUCUCCGAUUCGGGUUCGGGUUCGAAGUUCAGCACGUUCGGAAACAAACAACCUGCUACCGCUGGUGUACAGAUGCGACGGACCACAAACAAACGUGGCAAAACGGCGCCAGCGCCACCAAAGAGAACAAGUUUGCUAUCAUCUAGCCGUGACUCAACGUACCGGGAUGAUGAUAACUGCAAGCUUGGAGAUGGCGAGCAAAACGCUAACGGUACAGCUAUUCCCAUCACAAAAUCGUCUUCUUGCAGUAGUUUCCUUAUCGAUAAGCUUAGCGAUACGUUACGAGGAUUUACACGAGACAUGGCAAAUUUAAUGAAUCGGGCCACAGAUUCUGAAAACGAACAGACCGAGGUGACGCCCGAUACCGAUACAGACAAUCCGGAACCGAUUGGGUUUCAGAAAACUCCACAGCAAGGUUCAUUUAAGCGUGCUCCGAUCAUGGGCAAUCGUGGACUAGAGACACGGGGCAGUAAGCGUUUAACUGGGCAGGCGCGGCGCGAUCAACUUCCACCAGGUGGACAACCGUGUAUGCCGGUGAUGGGUCCGGGCCAACCACCCAUAGUCGGGGCGCUCGAGGUACAGAAUGUGAAGAAAGCCAUCAACAGAUAUGGUACGUUGCCGAAGGACGCUCGAAUAGGGGCGUAUCUUGAAUCAUUACGCCAAAGCGAUGGUACCGUCAUUCAGCAAGCGCAGCCACCAGUGCAGUUACCUCAGCAUCAGCAGCAACAACACGCCGGACCAUUGCCGAGCACGGCUCAGCUGCAAAUGGGUCUGAAUGCAAACAUGUCCAUGGUUUCCGAGCCACCACCACCGCCGAUGGCCGCAGCAAAUGCGAUAUCGAACAGUAUACUAGCGCAGCGAAACGCGGCGGCAGCAAUCAAAGCACAACCACAGAUGAUACGAAGCAACUCCUCGAGUGGGGUCACCAUGUCCAACUCGGCUACAGCUAGUCUUUCAAAGCUCCAACGCCAUCGUACGACCACCGAUGGUUCGAUGAUGUCGUUUUCCUCCUUCCGCGGGACGGUCGGAAACAACAGCCCAAAACGAGCCAUGCAGCCCACUUUAGCCGAUCUCGAAUUUCCACCACCGCCGGUUGAUCUGCCCCCACCGCCGGAGGAGUUUGACGUACCGCUCGAACAACGGGGCAGCGGUAUGUUGGAGAAGGCCAUGGCUCCGUCGAACGAUGUGCGCAAUACGGAACCAAGUGUCGAAGAGGCUAGUUCGCGGUUUGGUGUCAGUUUGCGCAAGCGUGAACCCUCCACGGAUUCGUGCAGCUCGCUCGGUAGUCCGGCCGAUGCCAUGAUAAAUCCGGUGGUAGAUUCCGGACCACUUUCUAUUCCACCACCACCACCCAUUGGUUCGAAGGACCUCAAAGCAGAUACCAAGCGGGUAACAAAUGUGCCAAAGUGUUUACAGGGUGAAACUGCCGGCGGCAAGAAAGCUGUCAGUAUUGGUGGAGGAAUGCCGCUGCCCGCCACGUCCGAUCCAGCGUCACAAUUAGUCAGUGAGCUAGCGGAAUCGAUGCAUUUACCAAAGGCACCUUCGCCGCUAACUGCCGCGCAGGAACCGCAACAGCCAAUAUCGCAUUACAAGUCCUCGGAUGUAAGUUCGCUGCGUAAACCGGUUUCUAUGUCGAAAUCAACCAUCCUACCAUCCACGAACGCAUUGUCAAGCGACAAUUACAGCGUGACCGGGCAUAACGUGUCGGGUAUUCCGCAGCCACCGUUUAAGACGCAACUAAAGAAGGUGGAACCGGGCAAACGAACACCAACCCAGCCGGCCAAGAAGGAAGAAAGCUCCGGUGGCAUUAUCGAUUUUAAGUCACGGUUGCGUAAGGUAGAUCAAAACAAUGCUGACGUAUCGAGCAACGGCAGUGGCGGUGGUGAUACCGUCGAGCCAGCAUCGAAUCUGGACAAUAAUAACAAACAUCAAUCGGGCAACAACACGCACAGUAUUCAUAACAACAAUAACAUUAACACCACGCUUUCCAGCAAUAGUAAUGGCAACAUUCUAAACAAUAAUGACAAUUCCGCAUCAUCCUCCUCGUCGGAGAAUGAAAAUCAUCGAACGCAGAAGAGGAGCGAAACAGCAGCGAUGUUGGUGGUACGCAAUGGUACUGGACUGUCCGGUAAAAACAGUAUCGAUCCCAGCAGCAAGCUGCUGCUGGAGAACAAUGAGCUCAAUUCGUUAAAGUUGAAGAAAACGAAUGCUUCGGCGACGAUAGUGACCGGAUCGGCCCCGAUCGAUAGUAAUAAGGUGAUCGAGCUGAAAAAGACUGAAAUAAAGAUUGAGCUGAGCGACGAUCGGAAGCGCGAAAGUUUGGAGGGCAACUCGCUCAAAGUGGACAGCGGUGGUGGCAGUGGUGAUAAUCUGUCUACCGGAAGCAGCGGUGCUGGUGGCGAGGAAGGUGACGGCAAACGCAAAAGCACCGGCAGUAUCAGUAGCUUGAAAAAGUUGUGGGAAGCGAAAGAAUCUCCAAGCGAUCCGUUGAGUGCACAGCUGAGUCCCAAGCUGGGAACUAAAAGUGUGGCAAACAUGGUGCCGAAGAUAAAUAACAAUACGGAAGCGGAUGAUGGGCCGACGGGUGUUGGACACGAUACGGUUCAGCAGCAGCCGGAACAUCAGCAGCAGCAGCAGCAGCAGUCAAACAUCGGGCCGGCAGGAUGUGUUGCUACUGGCACAUUAGGAAGCAACAAAAAACCGGCAGUACCGAUGAAACCGUCGAAGUUUUCUUCCAUCUAUGCGACACCGGUACAAAAUAUGAUGCAAAGCGCAACGUCCACAGGGCCGAGCGGUGGUACACCCGGUGCUAGUACCAUCUACGCAAAAACGACCGAUAACAGCAGCAGUGGCCAGCAACCGGACAAACCGCCCGCAUCGACAACAGGUCCAUCGCCGGCGUCCGCCGGUGCACGGGAUAAUAUACUGGAAUCGGUGCAAUCGCUGCAGACGAGUUUAAAAAUGCCUGUAGCAACCAUUUCCGCUACGCAGUGGCUGGCACUGAGCGAUCGGCUCAAUUCGCUACAGUCCUGCUGCGUUACGUUUGCCGACAACGAAAGUCUGCCACCGCACGCCAAAUUUCAUUUCCGAGAGCUAGUCACGCGGGUGGAAAAUCAGGCACGUUCGUUGCGCACCGCCAGUAACAAAAACGUUCAAGACAACGAAAAACUCGUCCAGGAGGUCGGCCAAUCGCUGAAGCAGAUAUCGAAUGCCUUGCACAGGUAAUUUCAAGUAAAGUUGGUUGCUUUCGAUGAGGAAUUCUAAUUAGAUGGGUUUUUUUUUUAAAUAAGUUUAUUUUUCUUUCUUUGGAGAUGAUUCUGUUAGUAUGCAGUACUCCUAGUGCCGCGCAGAAGAUUACUGGAAUCAUUGUUUUGUAGUUUGCUGAAAACAUAUGUUUAAUUUUAUAAAACUGUUUCGGUUUUGUUCGUAUUACACGAGAGCGGAAGUGAAAACGGGUUAUUUUUUUCUAAUCCCAUUUGUAAAUUUCCGAUGGCGAUUGUUUUGUGUGUGCCUGUUGCAAACGAUACACAAUCUUAAAUCUGCUUGCACAUUAUAAUGGCCAUUUUAAAGAUCUAAAUCGAAAUAUCGUCCAUCAGCUUUUGGUUGCAAUGGUUUCCAUCCUUGGCACUCGGUUUCAUUAUGUGUACUGUGGAAGCGUUAUGGUGCGUAAGUGAGUGGUUUUUGAAUACACGGAGAGUAUUAACGUACAGCAAAGUCUAUGUAUACACACAUACACUAUUAUAAUACAUUAUGCAUUUGUGUAUUAUGUAUGAUUGAGUCAAAUACAUUGAAACCAACCAAAACUUUUGAAAUAGAUAAAUAUCAUGCAGUUAACAGUUUGAACAAAAACGAAAAGGGAAAUAUGCAUUACCAUUAUGCGAAGCAGUUAUAUCCAUCCGGUGCGGAACAAUCCAACGAAACAACAGCAUGCAGUCAGGCGAGGGUCGAGAAAUGCAUGAUGAAAGAUGCAACAUUAAUUCGGAAAGGAUGCAAAUUUUAAACAAACCGAUAAUACUACGCGAUGCUCAAUGAAUUUGCCAAAAAAAAAACAUGAUCGAGAAAUACAAAGGAAAAGAAAUAGACACGCCUCAGCAAACAAACCAGUUGUACUUCCAUCCCUCCCGCGGUUUUCUAGCUUAGGAAGGCUUCGUUACGAAGCGUUAAUGUUGGGUAUAAUUAUUUGUAUCCCUGUCGAUUUGUGGUGUACUUUUCAUUUGGCUGUAGAUAUCCAACAAUACUUUUGCGCGUAUUGAUUCGGGAGGAUGGUAAAUGCAGGGAUUUAUGUAUGUAUGGUUAACGAUAUUAGGAAACACCAUUAAUUUUAAUUUCGACUCUUUGAUCGAGCGAACAUCGUCGGCUUUCAGGGAGGGAGAGAAAGGGCAUGCUAGCAGUGUGCAAAGGUGUAAUGAAUUUUAAUGCAUUGUUAGUGAUAGUUUUAAACCAGAGAUGGACACACGAACACACUGAAAUCAGCCUGGGCUUAAAGCCAGGUAAAUACCGUAGAAGACUGUAAAACGUUUACGUUUCUAAGCAUAUAAGGAAAACACCCGAGGCAAAAAAAAAUCCGGUAGCAGUUAGUGAACCGAUCGCUCUUGCGCGCUGGUGGACCAUUUGAUAAUUAGCGUUGAAGAUGUUUCAUUUUCAACAAAUAAACACUGUUGCGACUGUGAAAUGUAUGCUAGAAUUUAAUACCGAGCAAGCAAAAGUGAAAUGUGCUUGGUACCAAAAGAUACCAAAAAAAAAAAUAAUAAUGUGGAAAUAUCGGAAAGGACGAAAGUGGAAACUUUCAGGCAUGAAUUAUAAUUGGUGGUUA